GUGCGCGACCGCAAUGAUUUGGGUUGCCUGUCACAAGGCAUCAUGGAGAAGCAGCUGACGGAAACAUACCAGUUUGUAAGGAAAGACCCCAAAGUCAAGGAGUUUGUCGAAGAAGUGAAUGACGAAACGGUGGACUGUUUUGCGCUGAUGCGAACGGACCAGUCUCCGUUGCUGGAAAGCGAGCCCUGGGCACAGCUCAACAAGAUUUGGUAUCGCAUCUACAUGCGGCGGUGGAGCAACAAGUGGAUUCCGCAAAAGUUCUCGGUCUACCAGAUCCAGGACAGCACCACCGGCCGCACCAAACUCAACCAAAUCGUCAACUGCACCCCAAGCGAAAAGAACCGGGAGCUCUUCAUCUCGCCCAUGUCCCGAAACUGGGAGUAUCUGGUGGGCCAGCGCCUUGCGCUGCAGUACAACUGGAUCCACGGAAAAUACGUCAAGACAUCGCUUUACGGCCACAGCGACUCGGUCUACUAUGUGCAAUUCGACAGUAAUACGCUCAUCUCGGGAUCCCGAGACACGUCCAUCCGAUUCUGGGAUCUUGAUCGCAUGAAGAAGACAAAGUCGCUGCGCGGACACAAGGGCUCGGUCCUGUGCGUGCGAUACAACUCGGUCUACAUGGUCUCGGGCUCGUCCGACAUGACGAUGAUUGUCUGGGACUUCAAGUCGGGCCGAUCGCUCUACACGAUCAACGAGACGGCGCCGGUGCUGGACCUCCGAAUCAUCGGCAAGAAGAUUGUGAGCUGCUCCAAAACCAACGUCUUGAAGGUCUGGAACAUCGAAACGGGCAAGCUGAUCCGGACGCUGGAGGGACACACGGGCACCAUCAACUGCAUCAGCAGCUGCGGAAACAUGGUGGCAACCGCCUCGAAGGACUCGCUGAUCAAGCUGUGGAAUAUUGAAACGGGCGAGCACGUCCGGGACCUGGAGGGCCACAAGAAGGGCGUCGCCGCCGUCCAGUACGAUGGCGACUAUGUGGUCUCGGGCGGACCCGACCGCACGGUGCGGAUCUGGGAUGCCCAUGCCGGAUCGCUGAAGAGAACCAUCAAGGGACACGACGACCUGGUGCGAUCGGUGUGCUUCAACCGCGAGCGCAUCGUCAGCGGCAGCUAUGACAUGACCGUGCGCGUCUGGAACUUUGAAACAGGCGAGCAAAUGUUUUGCUUCCGCGAUGCCCACACCGCUUGGGUCUACUAUGUGCAGAUGAACAAUACCAAGAUCAUUAGCUGCGGGCAGGACUCCAAAAUUGUCAUCUGGGACUUUUACACCGAGGAUGCCGGGGACUUGCGUGACUUGGACGAAGUGGCCCGGGAAGAGCGAGGCACCCAGCCCGAGUGCGGGUUCCCCGAUGUUUCCGAGCUCUCGCUUGCCGACAAGACGAGCGCGACUGCCGGGGUGCAUUCCGAAGGCGACGAAAGCGGGCCCAAGGAGCGGCCCGACACAGCAGCGAUCAAGCAAGGAUCGAUCAACUCGAUCGAACCCGAGGGCUCGCUUGCCAACACCCAUUCACUCACAGCCGACACUCCCGAGCCUCGAUACUCGACGGACAGCCUGCAUGCCCACCGGCCGACCCGGCAGGCCACCCGCGGCACGACAACCAACCGGCUGGUGGAGGACUAUGACUGCUCGCUGGGAUCGGUCUCGUCCGUGAUUGCCUCCAAGGCGGUGGAGAACCUGAUGAGUAUGCAGACGCACUCGUCGCAUUUUGCCCUGGGCGGGCUGCUCAGGCGACAGAGCACCGACGCAGACAGGGGGACGGUGGAUAUGGGCUCGACCGAAUCGGCAUACAAGCCGUCGAUCUUGUCCUCGAGCCUCGAAUGUCUGGAGCGGUCCCGAAGAGAGAGCAACCCCGAAUACCGCAAAUCCAACCUGGGCGGGGCCACACCAGCCUCGAAGUUGGGGAUGUCCAUGACCCCCGAUCGCAUCUGAGGGAGGGCAGCCGCCCAGAAGGACAUGAAGGGUUCAGAAGACUGAGGCGCCGGUGGCGGCGAGGACAUGGAUGGCAUGACGCUGGUCAACCAGGAUAGAGACGACGACGACGACGACGCCGCCGCCGACCAACGGCCCCGGCAGCCCGCCGCUGGCAAGACGGCUUCUGCUUCAUGCUCUGUCUCGAUACGAUACCCUUUCCUUUUCCUCCACUGCGCUGUUCGGGAGCAUCGGCCCAUCGGCAUCGUCGCAAUACAGUGCGCGUUCAGCCAACGACGGGGAUUGGGGGGACUUCCCGAGUGGGUGGGAGCGUCGCCGAUGCAGCCACUUAUCAUAUCAUCCAUUGCUCCUCCGAGGAAAGGAAGG